AUGACACAAGCAAAUAUGAAUUCAAAGCUCGACAAUGAACAAGCUUUAGAUGAUGGAACAACUUUUUACGAUAUGAAUUGGCGCGAUCAUGUCUUCGAUAUUCCUGAUUAUUUGGAUCAGAACGCAACAGAUAAUGAUGAUGGUCAUCAAGAAACUAUUUUUGAUGAAUAUCUUAUAGAUUUUGAUUUUGAUUAUGUCCAUACAAAUGUUGAUCAAGAAGAAAUGAUCGUUACUGUUGAAACUAAGCGGACACAUGAUAAACAGACAGCCGAUGACUGUAUCCUGUCACACAGAUUGAGUCAGUUAUCUACGAAUGUUGAACUUGAUAAUGACGACAUUGCUACAAGCCAGAAAAAGCGACCUAUGGAUACUCCGCCAACCCCAACUGUCGUUUCGAAGAAAAUCCGAAUCGUAGACGAUUUGGAAAUCAAUGCGAAUUCCAUACCAUCGUAUUUACAGUCAACAGAUCCAUUAUUUAAUACCUAUAUGCAUGAUUACAUGUUGAUGAAUCAAACAGCUUCAUUGGGCAUUCCAAUCACCGUCGAAGAUUUAAGACAGCUCGCCAUUUUAAAACAUAUGAUUGCUGUUCUACAAAUCCGCCAUAAAUUAUGGACUGUUUAUUUGAAAUUAGGCACAGGUCAAUUGGAAACGGAAGAAAGUCGUAAAACAACUAUCGAUCGAUGUCUAUGGCCUGUUGAAGUUAAAGAACGAUGUGUAUCACUUACGCAUUGGAAUGGUACCGAUGCACAGCAGCGAUAUGAAAAAUUCACGCGUAAAUUUCUUGAUGAAUUGAAAGAAUUAAGUGAACAAUAUCAAGAUAAAUAUGAUGUAAGGAAAAGUUCUUAUUCUGUCGUUUUCACAGAAGAAUUGGAAAAGGCGAUUGACAAAUUUGUCUAUCAACAUGGCAUACGAUCACAGCAAAUGAAACUAGACUACAAAAUAGAAAUACUUACGUAUGAUUAUGAUGCUCAAAUACUUGAACGUAAAUAUCAACAAUGUCAACCGACUGAAUACCAGACACAACUUGCCAAACGUCUAUAUGACUUAUAUCAUCGUUACGUUCAAUCAAAACAAGAACUGAUCGAAUUCAAACAACGAAUUCUCUAUAAUAAGCCGAAUUUACCAGAGUCAGUGUCGAUGGCAGACGUUUCAAUGGGUCAAUUUUCAAAGGCAUUGGAAGAGAAGAAGCAACAACAGGACAUGACUGAUUCGAUCGUUUCGGCGAUACUCGACAAAGAACAAAAAUGCCAUGAAUAUCAGACGAGAUUCAAUGACGAAAUUCAUCGCAUACCUAUGAAAAGCGAUCAAAACAACGAGGGCCUACCAGGCAAAUUGAUUGAUCUGAUCUAUCGAAAUUUUAAAACUAUGGACAAAAAACUGAAGUAUAUCAGUGAUUUUCGACGGAAUUACUAUUUGAAAAAUCACCGUGAUCCUAUUGAUAAUAAUAGUGAACAAUGGUUCGAUAAGAAGAACGUGGAUUCUUUUGCGCCGACGAUGAUCAUUGAUACAACGUCACAUCAGCUAACAAUCGAACAAAUAAAACUGUUAAAUCGUGGACCAACUUAUCUAUUACCAUGCUACAUCUAUGCUUCUUCUGAAUCUAUCAAAGAUACCAUUCAACAGCAAUAUAAAUUAUUGCAACACCAUCUUAGCCUUAUUUUUGCUCGAUUCAACAUCAAUUCGACUCAAUCAAUGUUUAUUAAUAAACAAAUUAAAGAUACCUACGUGGACAUGUUUUCUUCAUUACCACCAUUACCAAUCUAUCAACGUGCCGUUUACGAAUGUCAACUAGUUCAAUCUAUUCGAGAACAAUUAGAAAAGAACCAGUUGAUUCUACGGCGAACGGCAGACCGUAGGAAUGUUUUCUAUCUAGGUAAUCGAAAAGAAUUCGAAGACAAGGGCAAGCACUACAUGUUUACGACAAAUACGUUCGAAUUCCGUGAAACGAUUCCUCCAACGAAUCUUGGCUAUGCAUACGAAUAUCUAGCGAAAAUUGUUCGAGCAAUUAAUUCGGAUAUAGAGAAGAUCUUCAAUAACAAGAAAACUUACAAAGAUCUCUUACAGAAACUAUACAUUGAUAUCGAUAAAGUGUAUUGGCCAUACUUAUAUUUCUUACCCGAUGUUUCCGAGAAGAGUGAAGUGUCAGUGAAACCAUGUAUCGUCACACGAAAGAGUAUCACCACACGAUUAGCACAAUUUUUAGAAGAUCUACUACAACCAGCAGUUGAACGUCAUAUGGCAAAUACCAGUUUUGAAAAUAGUGCUGAUUUUCUUCAGCAAUUUCAUCAGUACAUCGAAGAAAAUAAUGGCGCCGACAAACGUAAAGCGCAACACUUUUAUCCCAAGACAAUUUUCGUCAAAAUUCAAAUCCUUAACUAUUACACAAUGGCAUCUCAUUCAACAAUGUUGUCUGCUCUUAAAGACUACUUCGAAGAUCAUUUGGCCACCCGUUAUAUCGAAAAUAUAUCAGUCGAUAGAAUCAUCGAGUUAAUUUCAGUCUUUCUCAAGAACAAUUACUUCUACUACGAUAAUAACAUCUAUCGUUGUACAAGAGGCUGUCCAGAAAGUUUCAAAAUCAAUGAAACAUUAGCUCAUAUGUAUACAAUUCAAUGGCAAAAAAUACUACGACGUAAACUUUAUAUCGAUCGAGAAUUCUAUGGAAGAUAUCAUAAUCAAAUCUUUUUCACAUGGAACCGGACAACAUAUGAACUGGAUGAUUUCUUUGAGAAGUUUCGAAAUCAAUAUCAAAAUAUACAAAUGAACGUCAACAUUGGUUCAACAGUUCAUUUUAUCGAUGUACAUCUGGAAAAUCGGCAAGGAACCUUAUACACUCGAUUAUAUCAUGAUCCAGACAGUCAAGCAUAUACAUUGCCCUAUGUACUCGAUAAUCCAAUUGUAACCCAUAGUCAUUGGCUCCGAUCGGCUCUCAUUCGCGCUGUUCGUUGUUAUAUUUCGGUUCAUGAUUUUCAUCGAGAACGUAUUUAUCUCGAAGUGACUUGUCUGACCAAUGGCUACUCGUUCGAAUUUAUUCAUCGUCGUGUUGAACAUUUCUUUACUUAUUUCAAUGCCGCGUCCCUGUAUCAAACUGUGAAUCAACAAGUCUAUGAUCAGCUUCGUCUUCGAUUAUUUAAAUUUAUUGGCGAACAACAACGAACAUCUCGUCAAUAUGAAGAAUUAGCACAAAAUAAACGACUGAUUCGUCUUUCUUAUUUUUAUGCGUAUGGACCACAUAGGAAAUUCAAACAGAUUUUGAAAAAGACUCUAUCGGAAAACCUACGUCGAGCUGAUCAUCAAACCCGCGAGCAUAAUGAAUUAAAGAUAAACAUCAUGACACAGCAUCGUUAUUCAUUGAAUGCUCUUCUAAGCCAACAAAAACCAAGUCAUCCAUUGUUGGAUACAGCAAGAACAAUCUUUCCAAAAAUUCAUCUAUCUGUCGCGAAGAUUUUCUUUCUACUCGUCAUGGCAAAUCAUCAAUCAACCAACGAACAACUGGUGAACAUGGCCAAUGAAUACAAUCAUGCUGAUGAUGACAAGUUUGGAUUAUUUGGCACUUAUGAAUAUUUAAGUUCAAAAACAUCCUUACCCAAACCCAACUCAACAGGUAGUCUAGUUUCAACAAUAUCCUAUUCGUCGAAUUCACCUCCAUGGGUUUCAGAGCCAAUUGUUCCAUCAGCUCAUAAUAACAAUCUACUACCUCGGCUAGCUCCCUGUUGGAUACCACUUACUCGCAUCGCAAUGGUAGACUAUUAUGGUCAAGAAUCACAUGAAAAAGAUUCGAAAGCAGGAAAAAUGACAAGUGGUCCUCCGCAGAAAAAAAAUUAA